GCCCGAUUAGAGGCAGUUGCAUUUCAUCUUGGACUACAAAAGCUGCUAUUCUAAAGAAACUAAAAGAAGAAAAGUAGCAAUGGGUUCAGUGGCAGUGUGAGAAGGGUCAAAUACUGGGACUAUCUCAAUUUAUGCAAAAAUCUGGUUAGCAUCUCAAGCGGGACUAUAUAAAGGCAGGGAAAAUUUUCCAAAAUUCUUUAGUAUCUGAGUUGACUGUUGAACCAUCGGCAAUUGAGAUUUUUCCUCAAAGUGAUGUUUUGUGACAUAAGGAUGCACAAUCAGGAGAAAGUUAGAGAUAAAUUGAGACAAGUGAAGCACAUUUUGGAUCUCAGCAACGAAGAAAAGUUACUCUUCUGCAAAUCUUUCGAUACGAUCAUGACUGAUUGCGAUGGAGUGCUGUGGAGUGCCUUACGAGAAAUUCCUGGAAUUGGGGCAUCUAUAAAUGCCCUAGAAGCAUCCGGAAAGAGAGUGAUUUAUGUUUCCAACAAUAGCACACGUCCAGCUAAAGAAUAUGAAGCAAAGAUCUUGAAAAUGGGAGCAAAAUUCCGUUAUGAAAAUCUCGUUCAUCCUAUGCUCUCAAUCAUCUACUACCUCAAAAAGGUAAACUUCCAGGGGCUUAUCUAUGUAAUCGGAACGACUCAUACGAAGAAACUUAUUAGAGAAGCUGGCUUCAAGGUGCUCGAUGGGCCAAAUGGGGAAGUUGAGGAAGACUAUAUGAAGCUCUUCCGGACAGUUCAUGAUUGUGAGCCUGUUAAACUCGUCAUCUUUGACAACGAUCUUAAUUUCAACUAUGCUAAAUUCAUGAGAGCUGAUCUCUAUCUACAAAAUCCUGAAUGUAAACUCAUUAUUGGAGCUAAUGACUUUCGACUACCACUUACGCAAGAUUUGGACUUGCCAGGCCCUGGUCCUUUUGUGGAUGCCCUGAUGGCAUCGCUGCCUCCGGGAAAGAAGCCAAUUGUUCUGGGGAAACCAGGAGAAGCUCUAGGAGAAGUACUGAAGGAACAAUUUGAAAUUAAAGAUCCCAAAAGGGUUCUUUUUGUCGGGGAUAUGAUCACCACAGACAUUAAGUUUUCUUGCAAUGUCGGAUUUCAGUCUCUCUUGGUACUUUCCGGUGGUACUUCGAGGGAUAAAAUGCUGGCCAGUGAAGAUAACAGUGCUAUUCCUGACUUUUAUGCUGAUUCACUGGCUGAUUUAUCAACAAUAAUUUGUAGUUGUAAUCGGCAAUAGACGAUAGUAAUAAAAGAUAAGACGUUCUCUCACUUCUAUUUAGAA